AUGUUUAUUGGACAGGAUCGGACAGGAAAGACAAGUCUAAAAAAAUCUCUAAAGGGAGAAAAGUUUAAUGCAAAGGAACCCAGUACGGUAGGAAUAGACACUGACCCCAACUACUUUCAUAUUUCUACUGAGGCUUGGAGAACUGGUGAGAAGGACAAUGUAACUGAACCCAUAUCGGAGGUUUUGUUUGAGCGUCACGUUGCCAAGUAUAUUUGUGGGGAGUUAAAAACAUCUCCAAGCACUGAAUCAUUGCUUACUGAGUCCAAAUUAAGUGAAAAACGUAGUCGUCCACUCAAAGAAGAGGUGCCAGACAGUGGAGCAUCAUCGCAGGAAACAACGCUGCCAAAUGUUGAAGGCACAAGUAGCACUGAACCAUUGCUUACAGACGUAAGGGAAAGCGCAAAAAAUUAUAGUCAUCCGCUCGAAGAAAAGGUACCAGACAGCAUAGCAACAUUGGUCGAAAGAAUGCUGCAAAAUGAAGAAAAGUUUCAAGAAGAGAACGAAGUCUUUUCUAUUCUUUGGGAUUUUGGUGGACAGUCAGUCUACUAUGCCACCCAUCCAAUAUUCUUGACCCAGAGUGCCAUCUACAUUUUAGCUUGUGACCUAAGUCGCAACCCGUACGAAAAAGCUGACACUGUCGUCAGACAAGGGUUGUAUAAGAACCAAGAAGACACUUGUUGCAACAAGACAAACCUAGACUACCUUGACUUUUGGCUGUCAUCAAUAUAUUCUUUGGUCGGUCCAGAUGAUAUUGGCCAGGACACCUCUUUGUCAGACGCCACAACUGCGAGAUUGCCUCGAGUGUUUUUCGUGUGUACUCACGCCGAUGAACCCUACUGUAGUGCCACUGAUCCUAGAGGCUUGGCACUCGAUAUCUUUGGAUUUCUAAGAACCAAGCCUUAUAAAAGGCAUUUGUUUAAGGACGUCUUUUUGGUCGACAACACGAAGUCAGGAAGCGAAAAUGAGUGUCCAGAAGUAGUGCGCCUAAGAGAGAAGUUACGUUCCGUUGCCCGAAGUCUUCCUCAAGUAGGGGAGGCUAUUCCAUUGAAGUGGUUAAGGUUUGAGCAUAUCCUCCGGGUUUUACGUGAAAAGCAUUACAAGUGGAUGCCCAUUAAUGAAGCAAGGCAGAUUGCCACUGAUAAUUGCGGGAUCUACAACGAUGAACAGUUUUGGACGAUGCUUAACUUUAUGCACGAUCAAAAGAUUCUAAUUCAUUUCAACAAAACACCAGAAUUGAACAACAUGGUGAUUUUGGACCCCCAGUGGCUCAUUAACAUCUUCAAGGAAGUGAUCACCGUUAAGCGUUACGAGCCUACAGAAGGCAACGUUGAACAGUUUUUGCUUAAGCUGCAGGACACUGGAAUUUUAGAUGAAAGGCUUUUGGAUCACAAGUGGAAAACUGUGAUUGAUAUGUACAGUAAAGAAACCUGUGGGACCCUUAUCGCGUUGAUGGAGAGAUUCAGCUUGCUCUGCCCCUGGCCAUCUGACGGAGAACACAAACAGUACCUGGUGCCAUCCAUGUUGAUGUCGCCCCCUUCUGACGACCUCGUUAAGCUCCUUUCCUCUGUGAGAAUCCCUUCACUAUUUGUGAGGUUUGAAUUAGGCCGAGUGCCUCCAGGCCUGUUUACGCGACUUGUACUCCAGUUCUAUCAGUGGUGCAAUGAAGAGUGGAAGAGCCCGAUACAACCCCAACUGUUUAGGAAUUUUGCUCGCUUCCACAUCCUUCCUGAUCAGGGGAUGUCUGUUAUUAUUUUGUGCCAUUCCUCGUCUAUUGAAAUAGCCCUUCACGUUGGAAGCGACUUUUCUGGAUCGAUGACGGCAGAUGUCACUGAUCAUCCUUCUGAUCCGACUACAGGUCGUGCAAUUCAUUGGCAACUCAGGAUGAUUCUCGAGUUGAUGCGCAGCGAGUUUAGCUGGCUGAAGAACAUGAGGUAUGGAAUAUGCGUUAGCUGUCCUGUGUGUUCACAGAAAGAUUCUGCCAGGUGUCGUGCUCAUGAUGUGCGUGGCUGUGAGUGCCUUCACCUACUGUCAGAAUCCGAGCUUCAGAGUUGUCCAUUCUGCACCCGACCUGGUUUGCGUGGAGAUUGCAGAAUUCGCAUCAAACUUUUGCAACUUGGUUUUCAUUUACAAGCCCACAGGAAAGCCGGACUCUAG